UCCCAGCACUUGGAAAGUGCUCAGUUUCCAUAACUGGGGUGAAUGGUGUCAGGCUAACCCAGUAUCCAGACCCCUGGGGUGGGAUGGAUGAUGGUGCACUGUCUCAGCCCAGUGACAUUCAAUAACUAUAAGUGGCACAGCUCUUGCAGCCUCCACCAAGAGUUUUUAAUCUAGGCAAAGUAAGGAGAAGAGCAGUCACCACUAACAGAAGUUAUUCUUCCUUUUAUGAGGAAUGGCUUCAGGUGAAGAAUUCCACUGAGUGAACAUGAGUUCCCUCUUCUUUGUCUUCUCCAAAGCAACAGUAAUGAACUGUGCUUUCCCUCCCUCUUUCCCUCCCUCUUUCCCUGUGCAAGUGUCAACCCAAGUAUGAACAAGAUGCUGUGUAAUGGGACACACCUCUCACAUCAGAACAAUCUGUAGUGGUUUUUGCAGAUUCGCAGGCAGGUUAUUGAAGAUUCUUCAUACGAAGACACAGACUGGAAUAAGGUGAUGUGUAUUGCCUGUUCUAGAGCUACAGAAAAACAAAGGUCACCAAUCUUCCUGGCAGUCAAGGGCUCCUGAAGACGCAUGCACAAAUAGCAAACCUGCUAUCUUGGAGAUGGGACUAGAGGGAAAUCCAGCUUAGUAUACAGUUCAGAGGAGAGAGCAUGAAAAAGGUGAGGUUUCUUGGCACUUACUCACCUGACCGAACCACUACAACUGCAAUCAAUAUCAAAUUCUCACAAUCUUCCAUAACUUUCAUGGCUUUUUCAUCCAUUUUCCCUUCAGAUGAACUGAGGAAAUAACCCACUUGUAUUAUCUUCAUGUCUGUUGUGCAGAUGAAGAAAUGGUGCAUUUGUAUAUGUGAAGGGAGUUCUCUUAUCUCACAGGACUGGGAGUCUGAGAGACACAAAAUGGUGAACCAUAGGUGCCUUUAUUUUUAUAGAAAUAAUUUAAAUCUGAGCAAGAAGCACACCUUUGUCGUAACUUCAAAAGAAGUGAAAGGAAAAACGACACAUCCUGUUUCUACAAACCCUUUUCCAGUAACUCUAAGGAAAGUCUUUAAAAGUUUAAGGGUUUGGAAAGAUACUUACCUUCAUUCAUAGUCUUCCUGUUUUCCUCUGAGGUCAAACAGAUUUAUGUGUGAAAGGACAACCUGCACUUGACAGAGUGAAGCUAUGUGCUGCUUCUUGGUUACACCAGUUCUGCAAAACUAAUCCCAGAGCCUCUGCCUUUUCUGGUAUUUUUGAACUCAAUAAAAACACAAAGACUUGAAGAGAAGAUUAUAUGGAACAUUUGCUACAGUGUUUUCUCAUUAUUAAAGUAGAGCAUCUGCUGAAAUAACAGAAAUCGUGCACAAAGCAAAUGAAAAUUCUGGAAAAUCUAAAGUCAAGAAAGUUAAUCUGAGGGUUAACAAUGUCCAUGGUGCAGCCAAGCUCAGAUCUGUCUGCUAUCUGUUCCCAAGUCAAUAUCUUCAUUCAAGGACUUCCCUCUGCCACCCUACAAAUUCUUCUCAAUGGCACCCAAGUUCUGAUGGGAACAAGCUCUGACACUUAGAAGUGGACAAGUAAGUCCAAGUAAGUCCAAGUGGACAAGAACAGUCCAGCUGCAUUUCCCUGAAGCUGCCCUUGAACACAGGGCAAGAAGUGGCUUCUGGGAUCAUCGAGGCUUGCCCUGGAGUCCAGUUCCUGGACUCAGCAGGAGACACAAGAAGCAUAAAUCAUGUUUUUUCAAGCAAACUCCCCUGUGGACCAUUUACAGACUAUCCUCACCUGUCCCCAGAGUCUCUUGAGCAGGAGAUGGCCACCAGCCAGCUCCUCGCAUCCUGACCCACUUUUCCUGAGAAAUCAGCAAGGGAGAGUUUCACAGACAAGAGGAAAUCCCUAAACAGCAUGCAGCCCAGAGAGUGGAAAGUUUUUUCUUGGGCCAUGUGCAGAGGCAAGCUGCAGACAGGUCUGCUGGUGGCUGGCUACUUUGUGUACCUGCUGGUGGGUGCCGCGGUGUUCCAGGCACUGGAGAGGACCGCGGAGAAGCAGGAGAAAAUGGCAGCUGCCCAGAUGAAGGAGGCUUUUCUGCAGAGCUUCAGGCAGCUCACGGUGGUGGAGAUGGAGCAGUUCAUGAAGAACCUGACUGAAGCCAUUCAAAAUGGAGUAUACCCUGUUGGAAAUGAAUCACGGUUUGAAGAGAGCAACUGGGAUUUCAGUAACUCCUUCUUCUUUGCAGGCACAGUUGUCUCCACAAUAGGCUAUGGCACGUUACAUCCUAGAACUGUUGGGGGACAGAUCUUCUGCGUGUUUUUUGCUCUGUUUGGAAUCCCUCUCAACAUUGUUUUUCUGCACCGUGUUGGUAAGAUGCUCUCACUGCUGUGUAAAAAGCUGGGGAAAUUCCUGUACGAGAAAGGAAUGAGAAAGAAGAAGAUCAAAUUUCUGACCCUUUUGUUCUUCCUGGCAACGGGGAUCCUAGUUUUUCUGUGCUUGCCAUCAGUCUUCUUCCAGAUAACAGAGGGCUGGUCCUACAGCGAAGGAAUUUACUUUGCAUUUAUCACCCUCAGCACCAUUGGCUUUGGAGAUUAUGUAGUAGGCAAACAGUCUGGCAGGAAUUACUUUUCCUACUAUCGAGUGCUGGUGGCCAUUUGGAUUCUUUUUGGCCUUGCCUGGAUUGCUCUGCUGUUUAAUUUAUUGACAACGGUACUAGAAGAUACUGAAAAAAUAAUUGUCAAGGAUCUCCAGCAAAUUGGAAAGGUGAGUAAGGACAAUGGAGCAAGCCAACAAAGAAGAUGCUGGCCUGUUCAGUUUAUUCCAGAAGAAGAACUACCACCACCACGUGCUGGAGGGGAUGCACAGAAAAUGGAGUCAUUAACAGCAGAUUCUGAACACACAAAAAAUGAAAAAAAAUAGUUCUCUAAUAGAAAAACUAUUGCCAUAACAUAUAAGAGUUGAAUUCUUCAUUGGAGAGUUGAUAGUUAGUUAUUCUAAAGAAAAUCCCGUGGAAAUAAAAUUUUUCCUACCUUUUGCUGAGAUAUGACCUUUUAGAACUCAAGACUCAAAGUUGCACAAAGCCUGAAUAUUAAUGGUAAGAAAUUUGCUCCUCAAUUUGCAGCUGGGUUGUGCUAACAACCUGAGAAGUGCACUUGCUUUGCAAUGUGUUUUUAAGGUGCUUUCACAAAAAUGCAGAGGAGGGGCACGGUGGAGCUUGUUGGCUCUGUUUGGAUUUUGCUGCUUGCAAAAAAUCAUAUCUCUUCCAGGAACUGACAUGCACAAGCUUUUCUGAGGCAUUGCAUAGCACUUUUGGAAGAAGAAAUAAGGAUAUAUAUGAGAAAUAAAUAACUGAAUAGAUGCCUGAUUUGAGCCAUCAUAUUGGAUAAAGUGUUGUGGUCUGAAAGAUGUGUUUAAAUGGCAAGACCUGGGCUCAGUUCAGAGACAUCAGAAGCAUCUAAUGGACAGGGUUAUGAAAAGGUUAACGUGUUAGAAAUGAUUCAUUCUACCUCUUCCUGUUUUAUACUAAGUUGAAUAAAGGCAAUUUUACCUUUUA